GAAACAGGCUCUAAGGGCGAGAGGCGCGUUUACCCAUUGAGGUAUUGGAGGAGCACUUGGGCUAGCAGCACGUUUUUUCGGCCGUAUCUUUUCUUGACUUCAUGAGAUUGUGAUUGACUACUUUAUUUUCUGGCCGCCUCUUUGUCUUUGAAACAAGAACUUUCUUUUUGUGAAGAUUGGUCAGCUCGCAUUGUGUAGUUUCAACGAGGUACAAAAACAAAAAGCACGUAAGUAUUUUGUUCUUGGCCCUAGUUGUAAUCAAUGUAUUUUUGUUGAUGAAUAGCAUGAAGAUAGAUCAACGACGCUGCGGUCAAAAGGGUGAACAAGCUUGCCUUGUAAAAAUUACGAAAUAAGUGGAAAAAGAAAUAGUAUGCUGAGAUGAGAAACAACGUAAACACCAGCAAGGAUAUUUCACUGUGUGUUGAAAGUGACUGAAAAGAGAACAAGAAAGCAUGUCAGCUGCUUCGGCUGGCACGUCCUCCGCGGUGGAUGAUGCUAGUGGUACUCCAGCUGCCCCUUGUAGUGAAGGUACUCUCGAGGGUGGCGUGCCACUACCAGCAGAGCUGCAAAGAAUACCCGAUAUCACCGUAGCUACCAUCGGAAACGUGGACAGUGGGAAGUCUACGCUUGUUGGUGUGUUGACGAAGAGCGUACUUGACGACGGACGUGGUUAUGCACGAAGCAAGGUAUUCAACUUCAAUCACGAACAGGAAAAUGGACGCACGAGCAGUAUCGCGCACGAAAUCAUGGGAUUCCACACGCUUCCGGGUGCAGCAUCAUCAGCUGCUGCACAACCAGGAGGCAAGUGGAGUGGAAGCAAAGCAUCAAUUGUAAGCAGUACCAAAAACGAUGCAGCUGCAUCGUCACCAGUGGCAAAUCCAAAUGGAUCCUCAGAUGCCAAUCCCAAUGGUACUUCUACAGCAAGAGAUGAUGCUGGAGGAAAGACAUCAACGAACACUGCCACUUCCGAUGCAGCUACACGCGACUCCGAAAGCUCCGAAGCCAGAAGCACAACGGCUACCGUAUCAACUUCCGCGAGCGUUCGGGACUCCGCAGCUUCCUCUUCGAGUGGCGCAAGCACAAGGGACACCACGAGCACGAUGGCAUCAGUUAACGAUACAGGAGAGGACCCAAGCCGAGCCUCAGAGGCAAGCAUAAAAGGCGACGCUCCUAGUCCGACGUCGGGAGGUGGUGGGCCGUCUUCAUCGACAGACGCGAAUGCGGGAGGGAAAGAAACGAAGCAGCAGCGGAACAGCAAAAAUUCAAAUGUAUGGGUGUGAGAUGUCUUUGCUUUUUUUUGUAUGUCGGAACAACAACUACAAGCGAAAGAGGCAAAUGCACAAGCAUGACCCGUCAGCCUUCUUGAGAUCACUUGCUUCUGAGAUAAAAAUUGAAGCUUAGCGACCUGUCUUUCCUCCCCUUCUGACCUUCUCAUCUCGUCAGGGAUUUUGAGGUAGUUGGAAGGGAUCGCCAUUUGCCUGGCUGGGCAGUUGUUGUGGGAGUCGACCUUGCAGUCGGCUGCCAUUUUGGCUCUACGAAAAAAGAAAAAAAAAUCUACGUUGGUCACGAAAGACCAUAUCAGGGGCACUCAUAUGACACCCAGCAUUUCUUAUCCAACGAACGGGCUGUAGGGUCUUUCCUUUUCUUCAUAUACCAACAACGCGGCAAGCCAGACGCAGAAAUUCGAAGUCGUGGCGGUCGAUGUGGAUCGACAUCAUGGUCGCGUAGUACAAAGCGGUAUGCAGAAAAAUGCCUUGUGGGCCAAGAUCCAAGAGCAGAGCGACAGGCUUAUCCAAUUUGUGGAUUUGUGCGGACAUGAGAAAUACCUGAAGACGACAAUUUUCGGCCUAGUGGGCCUCUGUCCAGACUACGCGCUGGUCGUCAUUAACGCCAAUGCAGGAUUGCAGCGCAUGACCAGAGAACACAUCGGUACUCGGUCUACAGCUGCCUAGAAAUAACUCUACUACGAGAAUAAAACUCAACGCGGAAGUUCUCGGAACCAAUUUUCUGAGAGGACUCGCGCAUAGUUGUAUAUAGCACCAAAGCACUGUGAGCUUCAGGGAGUCACCCAUUAUCGACUGCGAAAUGUAUGACCUCCAGGUAUCGCGAUCGCUUUGAGGAUACCAAUAAUAAUCGUGGUGACGAAGAAGGAUAUGACGCCAGGCAAUGUCUACGAUGCGAAUAUGCUGAAUAUUUGCAAAGUCCUAAAGAGUAACGCGGUAAGAAAGAUGCCAGUUCUCAUCAAACACGAAAGCGACGUUGAGCAUGGUACAACUGCUCUUUUUUACCUAGUCCUUCUCCUCAUCAUUUUCUUUAUCGGCGAGGUGGUCGAGAAUAAUAUUUUUGCGCGGCUAUGAUUAUGAAGUUCAAGGAAAUGACGGACUUGGUAACUACAUAUUUUCUGCUCCUCCAUGACAAUGACUUUGUAUAAACAGCUGCCAAUUCGAUUCUCUCUGAGCGAAUUGUGCCAGUCUUCAGCGUUAGUUCAGUAACGGGAGAUGGCCUUCCGUUCUUACGGUCGUUCCUCUACAAUUUGAAACCGCGAGCUAAGGAGUUACUGUGCAGACCGCCAUCAGACCCUAGAGUGGAGUUUCACAUCGAGUCCAUCUUCCUCGUCGCUGGUGUUGGCGUCGUUGUGGCCGGAUUCAUGCGCAGCGGUAUUGUACAACUUGCUUUCGAUUCCCCUCGAAAGUGGAGUGCUAAUUUUCGCUCAUCGUUGGGUUUGAAGAUGUAUUAGGUUGAGACAAGUAGAGGUGCAAGGUCUUCCACGAGUCCACUGAAUUCCAAAAACACACAGGGUCGGUGCAAGUGGGCUCGCACUUGUAUCUUGGCCCGGAUAGCUUGGGAAAGUAUAAGCACCUGAUUAUACGCGGCAUUCACAUUCGGAGGGUUCCGAAAAGCAAGGCGAUCAGCGGGGAUCACUGCAGCUUCAGCCUUCGUUCAGUACUUGAAUUUUCUGCGCACCAGUGUACCUCCACCAACAUGAUUUACAUCAUAAUGAAUCAGCAUAUCUAUCUGUGUUUCAAGAGGAACAUAAUUGAAUAUAAGGAAAAAGAACUUUGUCCUCUUGUCUUAAGUAUCUAACUAUGAAUGUCUACCUAUAGAUACGUCUUUUGGCAUGUAUUUCCUAGCGUGCUCACACGCCUUCAAAGAAAUAGGUAGACGCAAAGGAGAAGUUUAAGAAGCAGCAUUUCCGAAAGGGUAUGGUCCUCCUGUCGCAUAUCAACGACGAGCCGGUUGCUUUUCGAGAAUUCGAAGCUGAAAUUGUGAUUUUGCAUCACUCGACGACAAUACGGCAGAGGUUUAGCUAAUAUCUUUAUCACAGUAUGCCUAUGCUCGAUGAAGAAAGUAUUGCAUUUCUUUUGCUUCUUCUCGACUUCAAAUUUCACCUUAUUCAUCUCUGUCUUCUCACAAACGAGAAGUAACGUAAGAGGACUUCCUUCAUCGAUUUCUCUAGGUAUCAAGCUGUGAUCCACUGUGGUGUGAUUCGUCAGAGCGCGGAGGUAUUAGGCAUGUCCUCCGAGCUGUUGCGGACGGGUGACAAAGCGACGGUACGAUUUCGGUUCCUGUACCAUGUGGAGUACAUGCAACUGGGUUGGACCUUGCUCUUCCGUGAAGGGCGUACAAAGGGCAUCGGGAGAAUAACAAAGCUAAUUCCAGCGCAAACAGCGGACGCUACCGAACCGAAUCCGAACUUGCGCCGGCACCCAGGAGGCUCGACGGUCCAAGCUUCGUCCCCAGCAGGCAAAAGCAAGGAAGAGGCGUCGUCCUCGUCUGGAGCAAGAAAGUGAUUUAUUUGUUUGCCGAGACACUAUCUUCGUCGUUGGUGGAAAAAAACGACGCGCUUCUUCUGAUCGUCGACCUCGAGGUGCUCCAAAUAUUCAUGAAGGUGUUUCACCACUGUACGCGUUUCAUUCAUACGUUGUUCUUCAGAUCAAGAAGAUCAUUACGUGGAUUCAGGAUACCGAUACAGAGGGCUGGUGGUCUGGUUAAUAUUACAACCGUUUUCAUCUUCACGUAAUGGAUAAUACUGGUAAAAGAAGAAAGAUUCUACUUGAUUCUAUCAAGCAAGGGCAGCUCAUGCUCAUCUUGUCUAUUUCUACUCGUAAUUGAAUACCCCUGUCCAACCAAACCGACCACUGUAUUUUUGACGCGAGUACAAUCCGACAGCCGUCUUGUGCCUCCUGUCGAUUUAUAUAGGAGGAGCUUUCCGUUUCCCACGAGGUGGAUACUGUCGCUGGCCUGAUUAUGUAUGGCCCCCAAUUCAAAGAAUACCAAAAGCAGAGUGUGCGUAGAAUCGCCUAGGAGUCUACGCCCUUUUAGUUUUGUCGCGGCAGUUGUUGUUGUAGUUUUUUUGUAAGUAAGGUUAAUAUCGAUGAAUUUUUGGAAGGAAGUACGUAGUAAACUGUGUAGUCCUUGUUGUGAAGUGUAUCUAAAUGUGUAUGAAGAUCUGUUUUUGUCCAGAAAUUGUUGUCGUGUCAGAAAGGAGUUGAAACGAUUUCAAGUCCUCGUGGAAAAUUCUUUCAUUAUUACAUCCCUGCUCGUGCGGGUUGACGUCUAGAUAGCAGAUAAAGUACCUAUUUACUCAGUAGGAUCGUGGUAAGAGUGACCUUUCUGUCUGUCUCCUCGUCUCUCUGUUUUAAAUCUUUUGAGCGCUUGAGAUCAUCUUCUUUCUGUCUCUCUACCUGCUGGCUCUGUCUUCUGUCUUCCCUUGCUCCUGAUUUCUCUGAGUGACCUUUCUUCUGUUCUCGAGUGUUGGCUGAGUUGUGUGCGUUAGCUCUAGUCGUUGUUGAUUCAGGUAAUCCAUGCUUUCUUCAUCUGGGGCCCUUCACUAUUCUCUUCUAUCCUCGUGGCAUUAGCUUCCCAAGAUACGAGCUUCGUUCUCAGUUUCCUCUCGCACAGCCCGGCCGCAAGUCGAUUGGUCUUUGCAAACUAUAAUUGCGAAGGCUUAGGUCCGGAGACGCUCAAGGCCCUGCUGGGGGAGGCGGGUGGCUCCCCUCUCCUGCCGGUCCGAGUGCGUUACAUUCAUUGCGUAGAUUGUUUUUGUGUGUUGGUGGCUUCUUUGCAGGUCCUUUUGGCUCGGGUUUUGCCAUCCUUUUUCUCCUCCUCCCCCCCCUACAUUUCUCUAUUCUAAUUUGUUUCUUCCACACUUUUUUACUCAUUCAUCCGUUCCCAUUUUCUCGCUUUUGUUGAUGAACAUCGCUUGACACCUAUGGGAAUUGAUGCUUACUAGUUUCUUUAAACAUCCAAAAGCAAAAACUAAUCUCUUGUGCCCUAUUUAACUCGCAGAAAGGCAGCCGCGGGACACUAUGCGGGAAACAUCAGCGAGCGGAAAAAUGGCGUCAUUUACCAAAAGAAGAAAAACCGAGUCAAACUAGCGCAUAUUUUGACUUUCUGAUGAUGGACGGCGAAUAAUCACAGCCGAAGCGGGUGCUUUUCCUUCUUUUAUCUUUGCGCGCUGAAUAUUUUUAUUCUUACCAAUCAAUCUUAUACUUAUUUUUCUAGAAGAAUUACGCGUGGCAGUGCCAGUGGCUGCAGGCAAAGAGAAUCUUUACCUCCUAGUACUAGAAAAGUAACACUUCGGCACCUCCGACAUGAUAGAUAGCUUGAUAGUGUUGAGAGUCGUAUUUCUGAACACUGUCCGUCGUGUUUGAAUAGCAUCGCUUUACUGUGUUAUCCUUUCCUCACUCGGGAGUUCUUGCUUUCCUUUGGCCGCUAUCAUGCAUCGCAUGCAUUUACAGGAUACAAUUCGUAUCUGCAAUCACCAGGAUCAACUUCAACAACGCCUUAAAGAAUAAUCCAAUACGUACUUAAGUAGAUGUUUGCGCACUUGUAGACAAGUAGGCAACAAAACAAAAAAAAGUAUGGGUCUGGCCGAAGAAGAGUAAGAGAAAUGCAAACAAGAUCACCAAUAUCUAUGCGCCGUGCGUCAUGAGGAUCCCGAUCCUUGUCGAGGUGGUGAUCACGGAGACGUUUUUUCAGUCGGAGUGGCUCAUUGAUCGUACUUCCUUGUAGAGUCCUCGCACCUCCAGGCAUCAAAAACAACAAGCUCACUCUGCUUUCACUGAAAAGGUUGUUUCA